UAUAACAAUUUUGACUCUCAUCCCUCACGUUCGUUAAUUGAUACUACUCGUCUUUCGCUAACAACAUCACAUCUCAUAACAGAAAAACACAACCCACUUGAAUCUCGUCUCAUCUUCUCUUCAUUAUCCUGCCUCCAAUCCUGAUUUUUUAUGGGAAAAUCCGUUGAAUCCGUUUUCAUAAAGGGAUUAUCACGGGUCGUAUCAUCUUCAAAACCAUACAAACACAAAACAACCCAACCCGUAUCACCGAACCGGGUCCCCACUCCACGAACCACAAAACAAGACCUCACUGUUAAGGCAGAAUCGCCCAAGAAGAUGGACGCUAUCGAACGUCGAACGCCUCUCGCCAGUGUUGUCGCUGAUUGCACUAAGCGGUGGUUCCAAGACACUCUCAAGGAGGCCAAAGGUGGGGAUAGCACCAUGCAGGUUUUGGUUGGUCAAAUGUAUUACUCUGGUUAUGGUGUUCCCAGAGAUCCUCAAAAGGGAUAUGCUUGGAUUAAUAGAGCAUCAAAAAGUAAAAAUUCAGCUUGGAAAGUAAGCGAAAAACAGCCAGGUUAUAGAGCAAGUGAUUCUGAUUCAUGUGAUUUGGAGAACAAAUCUUCUCCUUAGUUUGCAAGUAUGAAGGACUAUGACAGUAACUCUUGUACGGAGGCUUUAAUCUACAGUCCUCAAUUCUUUGGAAGAUCAUAACUGCAAGUGCUAUUUCACGACUCUGAUACUAAUUAGUAGUAUGGUUGCUAUCUGGGUGCAUUCUGAAUGAGACGAUAAGCUGCAGUUAGUAUUAUCACUAUCUUAACCUCCUGUUUGGAUAAACAAAUCAAUUAAACACAUAGCAUAAACACUCGUGGUACUAGUGUUUUGUGUAUAAAUUAUUUCUAUAAAAAACAUAAAAUUAAAUUAAUUUUUUUUCGUAUAAACUAUAAUCAUAGACAUUCCGGGAGAGUUUAUUGAAAUAAGUUGAAAACAACCCAUGUCCGUGUCAUAAGUUGUUUCUAUAAAUUGUUCCAAACAAUUUCACUAAUGAUCAUGUUGGCAGAUGAAACUUUGAUAAGUCAAUCCAAAUAGGCCCUAUUGUUGUUGUUCAGCUGGGUGUUGCACCUAUUUUGUCUGUAUUGAGUCAUUUAAUGCUUAUUAGCAUGACAACAAGCGUGUAGUCUACUUGGUUGUUGCUACUGUUAAGAGUCCCACAUCGGAUAAUAUAUGGCCUGAACAUGUCCUUAUAAGUGGGGGCAAUCUUCACCCUACAAGCCGGUUUUUUAGGGUUGAGUUAGGCCCAACCACAUUUCUUAACAGCUACAAUUGGCAUGAAAAGCUGCCCAAUAAUAACAAAGAGUAUGAUAAGUAUCUCAGUGUAUUCAGUAUGAUAAGCUUCAAUCGGUAUGGUCAAUGUUAUAAGCCCUUUAAGGAGGUUAGGUAAGUUCACAUUUAUUUUGAGCGUUUUAUGUUUAAGUCAAUUAAUAUGAUCACAAAGUGUAUUUGGUGACCCUGAUAGUGAUAAGUGAGACACUGAGACUCAUCAUACUGAACUAUUGCAGCACUGGUGAUCACCAAACCAGCAAAACGAUAUUGGGGUAUAAUUGCCUCAUGAGAUGUAAAAUAUAUUCAUUGCAGAAUGUACCCCCAUGAAAUAUAAUUUCUUAUAAGUUAUAACUACAAUGUCAAAGACCAAUCAUGAGAGUGGACUAGACGAUCGGGACUGCUUUCUUAAAAAACAUAUACAAUGUUUGGAAAUACAGUUGUUGUGCAAAAGAGAACAAUUUUGGCUGCGAAUUGCGGUGUGAUAGUGUUAGGUCUGGGGCUGAAGUUAGUGGCCGAAAGAUCCAUUACCAUUACUACAUAUGUCUCAGGGCCCAAAGAUAUGGAUGAUCUACACACUUAAGGGUUAAUCAGCAACAGGGGAGUGAGCAGUUGCUGAGUUGGUAAUUUCUAGAAGAGAGAGGAUAAUUUUUUCUGUUAUGAUCAAGUUGUAAUAAAAGGGGUAGUGGGUCCAUUUUUCCGGAUAUCUCGGAAUAUUUCUAAAGUUGUUAGAAUGGAGACCACACACUCUCUGUAAGGGCUGAGCCCUGUGGCAGUGGAAGUACCAUUUUCCCUACAAAUCCCUUAUUUCUUCAUCAAUAAUACUACUGAAUCUCGCUAAAUUUCUUCUUGUUCCUUCUGAUGCAUUUGUGAUAAUUUCUGGUUCC